ACGAACUAACACCAGAAGCGGAGCUCGUAUAGCAAGCUAGCAAAAAGUAGGGGAGUUUCUCUCUACGCUCCGGGCGCUCGUCGCGACGGCUGAAGACUGUCUGACGAGCGGGUCUGACGGGACCGUAGUACUCACAGAGACCCCGACCACCACCUGCUGUCUGAACAUGCGAUCGUUUGCCAGUGACGACCGUUACAUCAUGACCAAGCACGCCAGCAUCGUCCCUGCCCCCGAGGACCUGGAAGCAGUCCAGACGCUGGUGUCCGCUGUGGAAGCUGCCCUCCAGAAGGUAUCCCAUUGGCUGGACGGCCUCAACAGCUCUCCCGGGAGCAUCGCCAUCAAGGAGUCAGGUGAUGGCCAGGUGGUCCACUACGCCGUUGACGGCACAAAGAUGGCUACGGCGUCGACGCUGCGCAGCGUGACCCGGGUGGGCCUGCUUUCCAAAGGUUUACUCAUCAAGGGUGACAUGGACCUGGAGCUCGUGCUCGUGUGCCAACGGAAGCCCACCCGACUGUUGCUCUACACCAUCUGUGCCGUCCUGCCCCAAAGGAUGCAGGCACUGAGCAAGGACGUGUACGAGGUGCACUCGCGCGUGGACGAAGCGGCCAUCCUGGUGUGUCGCACCAAAUCUCCCCGAUUCACGCUCAAGAUCACCCUCACCUCCUUGGACAUGAAGGGGCCAGAGGGAGGCCUUGGCGCAGAGGAGACGUCACGGAGCCGAGAGGACAGCGACGUCCUGGACGGACGCAAGUGCCGAGCGGCGAUGGCUGAGAUCCGGCGAGCCAGCUGGUUUCAGGCCGCGGUGUCGCCCGUGAAGUCUUGCAUGGUGGUAUUGAGGCUCCUCCGAGACAUGUGCAACACACUGACUGUGUGGCGGCCGCUCAAAGGAUGGCCACUGGAGCUCAUCUGCCAAAAGGCCGUCACCGCCCGCAGUCGCCCUUCGGGGCCGGCCGAGGCACUGCGGCGCGUCAUGGAGUUCGUCGCCUCUGGAAUCCUACUUCCUGGGGGUCCAGGAAUUCGGGACCCUUGCGAAUGUGAGCCGACGGAUGCCUUGUGUGACCUCACCUCCCAGCAAGCCGAUGCCAUUACACGCGGCGCGCAGGAUACUUUAAGACUCCUGGCCUUUGGACAAAUUUCCUGGGUGUUAAAUAUGGAUCCCCUCCCCAGCAGUAAUCCUUCAUUGCAGCACUUACAAG